GCUGCGUGGUCCGGCUCAAGAAGGGCGGUGAUUGGGGCGGCAGGGAUGUGGCCGCCCCUGGGCUAACCCAGCAGCCCGGCUGGGCCCUGGAGCCAACCAGUGGGCGGGCUGCGGACUCGAGCGGGGCCUGCCGGGAAAGGGGCGGGCCGAGCGCACAGGGCCGAGGCGGGGCCAGGUGGGGGUGCUUAGUCCGCUGCGGGGGGCGGGGUCGCGUCUGCAGCAGCAACAGGGUGCGGCCGGGUGGGGAAUGCGGGAGCGGACCCAGGAAGGCUGGUCCGCGAGCGGCCCCUGCACGGCUUCCAGGUUCCUGCGCGCCCCCGCCCUUCCCGAGACCCCAGCCGGGCCGCCGCCGCUGUCCAGGAAGCUCCAGCCUGAACCAUGUUUUUCACCUGUGGCCCAAAUGAGGCCAUGGUGGUCUCCGGGUUCUGCCGAAGCCCCCCAGUCAUGGUGGCUGGAGGACGAGUCUUUGUCCUGCCCUGCAUCCAGCAGAUCCAGAGGAUCUCUCUCAACACACUGACCCUCAAUGUCAAGAGUGAAAAGGUUUACACUCGCCAUGGGGUCCCCAUCUCAGUCACUGGCAUUGCCCAGGUAAAAAUCCAGGGGCAGAACAAGGAGAUGUUGGCGGCUGCCUGUCAGAUGUUCCUGGGGAAGACGGAGGCUGAGAUUGCCCACAUUGCCCUGGAGACGUUAGAGGGCCACCAGAGGGCCAUAAUGGCCCACAUGACUGUGGAGGAGAUCUAUAAGGACAGGCAGAAAUUCUCAGAGCAGGUUUUCAAAGUGGCCUCCUCCGACUUGGUCAACAUGGGCAUCAGUGUGGUUAGCUACACUCUGAAAGACAUUCACGAUGACCAGGACUAUUUGCACUCUUUGGGAAAGGCUCGAACAGCUCAAGUCCAAAAAGAUGCACGGAUUGGAGAAGCAGAGGCCAAGAGAGAUGCUGGGAUCCGGGAAGCUAAAGCCAAGCAGGAAAAGGUGUCCGCUCAGUACCUGAGUGAGAUCGAGAUGGCCAAGGCACAGAGAGAUUACGAGCUGAAGAAGGCCGCCUAUGACAUCGAGGUCAACACCCGCCGAGCACAGGCUGACCUGGCCUAUCAGCUUCAGGUCAGAGCCACCACACUGGGCAGAUGGCCAGGCCGCUCUCUGCCCCUUCCCCAUUCCUCUCAGGCUGUCCAUCUCAGGAACCACUAUUUCUCAUACUCUAACUUUGAUGUUAUUCUGGCUCUCCAUCUCUGGACUAGCUCCCCAAUAUGAGGAGAGAUUUAAGACUCAGAUGUUACAGCUGAAAAGCUUUAAAGAAAAGGCCAGCUGGCCGGGCGCAGUGGCUCAAGCCUGUAAUCCCAGCACUUUGGGAGGCCGAGACGGGCGGAUCACGAGGACAGGAGAUCGAGACCAUCCUG